UGUGGAGGAAAGCAUCAGUUUAGUUCAGAAGUACCAUCUUUGGAGCUAAAAUAGAGAAUUUAUCCCAACGCCAAAAUAAAAUUGUAUUUUACGAAAUUACUUGUUAUUGCAUAACCAAUGAAGCAGCUGUCAUUUGGCGUGAACAUAGAAUCAGCGAGGACAUAAGCAAAAGAACCUGAAAUCAAACCCGGCAAACAAAGAGGUCUACUUUCAACGACAACAUUUUUCCUCCAUAUUCUAUAGUUAUGAGUCAUGUGGCCGUCGAUAAUGCACACGGUCUCGAGCAGCAGCUUGCUGUCCUGGACUUGAAUGCACCAGACACACAAGGUGGAGGCACGAACAGGCGAUACGUUCCUCCACAUUUGCGGAACAAAGACGUGACUAAAAAUGCUGGAACUGCCUUUUCUGCUGGUCGACAGGGUGGCUACACGAUUACACCUACUGCUAACUAUGGUUGGGAUGGAGGUCGCAACAAUUUUGUUAAUGGCUACCAUGACAACCGCAUAAAUGGUGGCAACUCUUUUAACCGUGGACCCCCUCGUAUGGAGCGGGGUCGAGGUGGAAUUGGUGGAGGUUACCGUGGCAACAGGGGCACAGCCUUUAACCCCAUCAACCCAGUGCAGACAAUGACCUUCGCUGGCUUUGAGAAUAAAGAUGCAGGCGGCUGGAACACGGCCAAGGAUGCCUAUACCAGUUUUGGCAACAACCGAGGAAAGUCUGCAUUCUUUAAUGACAGAAGCACUGCUAAUAGAGGAAGGUAUGAACAUGGUGGAUUUAGUGGAGGAGGGGGAGUAAACAGCCGCUGGGUGGAGGAGCCUAGAGAUGAUGGCGAUUGGUCGAAACCAACACCACGUAAUGAACGCCUUGAACAUGAGUUGUUCUCUGGCAGUAACACAGGGAUUAACUUUGAAAAAUAUGAUGACAUUCCUGUAGAAGCCACAGGACAGAACUGCCCUCCCCACAUUGAAAGUUUCCAAGAUGUUGAUAUGGGUGAGAUUAUUAUGGGCAACAUUGCUCUGAGUCGCUACACCAGACCGACCCCUGUCCAGAAAUAUGCCAUUCCUAUUGUCAAGUCCAAGAGAGACUUAAUGGCAUGUGCACAGACAGGUUCUGGAAAGACAGCAGCCUUCCUGCUGCCAAUUCUCAGUCAGAUCUACACAGAUGGACCAGGAGAAGCUGUUAAUGCAGCUAAAGCUUCUGGACAGGAAAAUGGAAAAUAUGGUCGUCGUAAACAGUACCCCAUCUCUUUGGUUUUGGCUCCAACCAGGGAGCUGGCACUGCAGAUAUAUGAUGAAGCCAGGAAGUUUUCCUAUAGGUCCAGAGUGCGGCCCUGUGUAGUCUAUGGUGGUGCAGACAUUGGCCAGCAGAUAAGAGACCUGGAAAGAGGCUGCCAUUUAUUGGUAGCCACACCAGGGAGACUAGUGGACAUGAUGGAGAGGGGAAAGAUCGGACUGGAAUACUGCAACUACCUGGUCCUCGAUGAGGCAGACCGAAUGUUGGAUAUGGGGUUUGAACCACAGAUAAGGCGGAUUGUUGAACAGGACACUAUGCCACCAAAAGGCAUCCGACAUACCAUGAUGUUCAGUGCCACUUUUCCAAAAGAGAUUCAGAUUCUGGCGAGGGAUUUCUUGGAGGAAUACAUUUUCCUUGCGGUGGGCAGAGUGGGAUCCACAUCAGAGAAUAUCACUCAGAAGGUGGUGUGGGUGGAAGAGAGUGAUAAGAGGUCUUUCCUCCUGGACCUGCUCAGUGCUACAGUCAUUCCCAGCGAGGUACCAGAAAAUAAUGGAGACAACAUAGAGAAACCUGGUAAAGACUCGCUGACUCUAGUGUUUGUGGAGAAAAAAGGUGCUGAUGCCUUGGAGGACUUCCUGUAUCGUGAGGGAUAUGCCUGUACCAGCAUCCACGGUGACCGCUCUCAGAGAGACAGAGAGGGAAGCCCUAAGAAGUUCAGAUCAGGAAAUGCCCCAAUUCUGGUGGCCACAGCGGUCCCGUGGUCUGACAUAUCGAAUGUCAAGCAUGUUAUUAACUUUGACCUGCCCAGCGACAUAGAGGAGUAUGUUCAUCGUAUUGGUCGUACAGGACGAGUAGGAAAUCUGGGGCUGGCAACAUCAUUCUUCAACGAUAAGAAUGGGAACAUCACUAAAGAUCUGCUGGACAUCUUGGUCGAAGCCAAACAAGAAGUUCCGUCAUGGUUGGAGAGUCUGGCCUAUGAACACCAGCAUAAGAGUAGCAACAGAGGGCGCUCUAAGAGGUUUUCUGGUGGUUUUGGAGCGCGUGAUUAUCGCCAGGCCACAGCUGGAGGUAACACUGGAGGGUUUGGAGGACGUGGAGGUCGAAAUCAGUCAGGACAUGGAGGGGCUCGUGGCUUUGGUGGAGGUGGUUUUGGUAACUUCUACAGCAGUGACGGCUAUGGAGGCAACUACUCACACUCUCAAGUUGACUGGUGGGGCAACUAACAUAAGCCCUCUUCAUCACUCUCAUCUUCGUCUCUCUUCUUUCUUCUCAUCUGUAGCUUCCCUGCUGCCCACCAUAUGCAUGAAAUUAAAAUGUUUAUACUCAUUUAUAUAUAUAAUUACCCUUCAUUGCACCAUUAUGCGCUCUGAGGUUUGCUUUGAUGCUUACUUUUUUAUCCUUUCCAUUUAUAUCUUUGUCUUCCUUGUACUUCUUGCCAUCUUUUUCUUUCUUGAGGAAUCCCAGUAUCCGUAACAGGUUGCAUUACAAAAGAAUUCCUCAGUUUUUGUUAUUUUUCUAUUUUUACCACAGAUUUAUUUUUGACAAAUAGAGUCUUGUGGUUUCAGUCAGUUAACGAGUUGUAUGAUGAUUAGUCAUGAAGAAAGAUUGCACCACUGUGAUAAGUGUCUUUGGAAAAAUGACCAACACAAUUCCACUUUAGUUGCAUCCCUUUAGUUUCCAAAACAAUGGAUGGUCUAAUUUCUGGCUGAAUAGAACUGGAGAGCAAAGUGGUUUUUCACUUUUGUGUUGCUGUUUUAAUGUGUUUUUGUCUCUAGAUAUUCUAUGCCAGCCAGGCUGCUUGUGUACUGUACAUUACCAUGUCAUCUUUGUAUUUAAUAAAUGGCCAGGUUAUAAAUUGCUGGUCAAAAUGUUUUUUAAAAUAUGAAGCAGAGCUGCAGUGGGAAACAGGUUAGAUCAUAACAAAACAGGCCUAUGUAAAACUUAAAACAAAAAAAAACUGUAACUGCUUGAGGUCUCCUUACCUGCAUGAACGAUGCUUACAAGGAGUUACAGGUUUUGCUACAUAUUUUUUCAUAAUUUAAAAAUGUAUUUACUUCGGCCUGGAAAAGACACAGGCUGACGUGUCCAGUCAGUGGGUCCUCCAGCAGAAUCUGAGACUUGUGGUUGUUUCAGUCACAACUACAGACUGUAUUUUCUUUGGGUUAAAACAUAAUAAUGGAUCAUUUGUUUAUGUACUGUGCCUUUUAAGAAUUUCAAUUUUAUUUACUAAGUUUUUUUUUAUGCAUAUUACCUGAAGUGGCUGGACGUACUGGCCAACUGUGACACAAAUGUGUAUUAUAUUUAUUAUCUAUGGCUUUAGAUGUGUUUUACUGCUAUAUGGAAGGAAACAAACUAGGCUUGAACUAAUCAAACCUUGGCAAAGCAAAACAAAA